ACAUUGACGUUUGACACUUUCCUAUAAUUCUUUUUGAUAUUUGCCGUUCAAACAACAUUUUUCGUGAUCUCAUUGAGUAAAAUACAUAUAUUGUCCAAAAAUGGCCUUUAGAACUACUGCAGUUGCUCGCAGUGCCUUAAAGAAAUGGGCUUAUAACCUAUCUGGGUUCAACAAGUAUGGCCUCCUUCGUGACGACUGUCUUUAUGAAAAUGACGAUGUACAAGAAGCAUUGCGCCGUUUGCCAGAGCAUGUAGUCGACGAGCGCAAUUUCCGCAUUGUUAGAGCAGUUCAGCUCUCAAUUCAAAAGACUAUUCUGCCGAAGGAAGAGUGGACGAAAUAUGAAGAGGACAAGCUGUACCUAACGCCCAUUGUAGAGCAAGUUAUAAAAGAAAGGCAAGAACGUGAACAGUGGGAAAAGAAUUACUAGAUUAGUUAAACCUGUGAAAAUAGAGAAUUUUGUUAGCCUCAAUGGAUGUAUCCUAUUUAUUAUGUUUUGAAAACUUUGUGAUCAUGCCAUAAAACAUAUAAUAGUCUAUUAUUUGCUAAUUGAAGACCUAAGACAAUCUAUUUAGCAUA